AUGUCUCAAGGUACACUUUUCGGUCAAAAGCAAAUCAGAACCGUUCCACUUAGAGCUCUUAUCAAGCACUUUAACUUGGACAUUGACUUUGUCACUAAUGAAGACCCAGCUUUCAAAAAGUCCUUCCCAAUAGGUAAGAUUCCAGGCUUUAUUGGACCAAAGGGUUUCAAAUUACAUGAAGUUAUUGCCAUUUCUAUUUACUUCAUUAACUUAGCUGAUCCUCAAUCUAAAUUAUUAGGUAAGAAUGCAAAGGAAUACGCCGAAGUAUUAAAAUGGUUAUCUUUGACCAACUCUGAACUUCUUCCACAUAUUGCGGCUGUUUUCAAGCCAUUGACUGGUGCUGCUCCAUACAACAAGAAGGCUGUUGAUGAAUCUGCUGCUUAUGUUGAAUCAGUUAUUCAAGUUUAUGAAGCUAGAUUAGCCAACUACACUUUCUUAGUUGGUGAAAGAUUAACUUAUGCUGAUAUCUUUAGUGCUGCUCUUUUAAUUAGAGGUUUCGGUCACAUUUUCGGAGCUGAAUGGAGAAAGGCUCACCCAAACACUUUCAGAUGGUUCAACACUGUUAUCCAAAACAAGAUCUUACAUGAUAUUGUUGGUGACUACACUUACAUAGAAAAGCCAGUUGAAUUUGUUCCACCAAAGAAGGAAAAGAAGCAACAACCAGCUGCUGCUAAGAAGGAAGCUGCUCCAAAGAAGGCUAAAGCAGUUGAAGAAGAAGAAGAAAAGCCAGUCGAAGAACCAAAAGCAAAGCACCCAUUAGAACUUUUACCAAGAAUCUCUUUAGAAGAAUGGAAGAGAGUUUACUCUAAUGAAGAUACUAGAGCUAAGGCUAUCCCAUGGUUCUGGGAAAAUCAAUACAAACCAGAAGAAUUCUCUUUAUGGAAAGUUGAUUACAAAUAUAAUGAUGAAUUAACCUUAACUUUCAUGUCCAACAAUUUAGUUGGUGGUUUCUUCAACAGAUUAUCUGCUUCUACCAAAUACUUAUUCGGUACUUUAGUUGUUUACGGUGAAAACAACAAUAACGGUAUUACUGGUUUCUUCUUAGUUAGAGGUCAAGACUUCGCCCCAGCCUUUGAUGUUGCUCCAGAUUGGGAAUCAUACGCUUACACCAAAUUAGAUGGUGAAGAUGCUGAAACCAGAAAGUUCAUCAACAACAUGUUAGCUUGGGAUGAACCAGUUGAAGUUAAUGGUGAAAAGAGAGAAAUCGCCGACGGUAAGGUCUUCAAGUAA